CUCUCUUAAUCAUCAUCAUCAUCACCCUCAUAAUCGCCAUCUCUCCAUUCAUUCACUUCUCUCUCUCUCUGUCUUGCUCGCUCUUCUGUUUCUCUUUCUUCGUUUAUCUAUCGCCCCCCACAACCCAUCCAGUCUUUCUGUCUUUUCUUUUCUCUGUCUGUCAUCUUUUGCAGGCAGCAGCAGCAGCAGUAUUGCAGUUGGGAUGGGGAUGAUGAUGAUGAUUAUACCCUCUUCCUCCCCCUCUUUCUGCUCUUUUUUGCUUAAUUAUUAUUCCUUUUUUCUUUAAUAUUCUUUUCUGUUGUUGGGUUUUUAAGUAAACAAGGGAAUAAAAAUCAAAUCUCAAGUGUGUGUGAAGUCCUGCACUAACUCAUAGGAAAAUUCACUUUCUGCCUUUCAUCUUUCCAGUUGUCUAAAUCUAAUCCCCCCCCACCCUCCUUCCUUUUGCCCCUCCUCCUUAACUCCCCCUCCCCCUCCUCUCUCUCAUCUUUCACCAACCACUCCUUCAUCUCUCUCUCUCUCUCUCUCUUUUUCACACCCAAGAGGAAGAUCCGCCUCCCCUGCCGCUUAAUGUACCCAAUCAAUUUCACUGGGUACAGAAUCGGCGGUGAAGAAUUGGAAGAAAGACGACGUCUUUCAGGUGCGUUGAGGAAUUGAGAAGAACCCAUUUUCUCAAUUCGCGAGAUUAUGCAGCAACCAGCAGCUGGAGGAGCUGGAGGGUCCCAAACCCAUUACGGAGGAGCUGGAGAGAUGAGUGCUGCUGAAGCUGCGGCGGCGGAGCAAGGCCAGCUGGUGGUGGAAGCGGCGUCCCCAAUCAGCAGCAGGCCGCCAGCUUCCGCGGCGGUGAAUUUGGACGAGCUCAUGACUCUGUCCGGUGCGGCGGCUGCAGCAGAAGAUGCUCUCGCGGAUCGAGGUGGCGGUGGUGGGUCCACCGGGAACAGAUGGCCGCGUCAGGAGACCCUGGCGCUUCUCAAAAUCAGGUCCGAUAUGGAUGUGGCCUUCCGUGACGCGACCCUCAAAGGCCCCUUGUGGGAAGAUGUCUCCAGGAAACUGGCGGAAUUGGGGUACCGAAGAAAUGCCAAGAAAUGCAAGGAGAAAUUCGAAAACGUUCACAAAUAUUACAAGCGGACAAAAGAAGGCCGCGCGGGACGCCAAGACGGCAAAAGCUACAAGUUUUUCAGCGAGCUGGAGGCUCUACAUGGCACCGCCGCCACCGCCGCAGCUACGACAGCCAACGUGUCAGCCUCUCCGGCAGUGCACGCCGCGUCUCCGAAUCCGGUUUCUGUCGGGCUCGGAUCUGUCAGUAACCCCAUGCCCAUCUCAUCGUUCAGAAUGUCACAGCAACAACAACCACCUUCCGCCACUGCAAUUCCAAUAAUACCCUCGUCCCAACCUACAGCCACUCCAACGGACUUUAACUUCUCCUCCAACAGCUCGUCGACUUCCCCGGGAACUGACGACGAUGACGACGAUGAUGACGCGGAAGGAGAGCGCUGGAGUCGGAAGCGAAAAAAGGGGAGUGCUAGUACUAGUACCGGAAUUAGUGGCGGCGGCAGUACCCGAAAAAUGAUGGACUUUUUCGAGGUUCUGAUGAAGCAAGUGAUGCAAAAGCAAGAGAGCAUGCAGCAGAGGUUUCUAGAAGUGAUAGAGAAGAGGGAGCAGGACAGGACUAUCAGGGAGGAGGCGUGGAAACGUCAGGAGAUGGCCCGUUUAACUCGCGAGCAGGAGCUCAUGAGUCAAGAGCGGGCCAUCUCUGCUUCAAGAGAUGCCGCCAUUAUCUCUUUCCUGCAGAAAAUUACUGGUCAGACUAUUCAGUUGCCUCCGCCGGUCAAUGUCCACGCCGCUCCCCCACCACCUGUGCCUCCGUCGGUGUCGGUUGUCACGCCUUUACCACAGACAACGCCACAGCCGACGACACAGACUUAUCAAACACCGCAACAGCAACAACCUCAGCCACCGCAACAAAUGCAACAAGUUCGUCAUGCUCAGCAGACUCAAGCUGUUCAACCGGUGAUGGCUGUACCGGAACAGCAGGUACCUCCGACAGCGCAGGAGAAUAUUGGUAGCGGUGGAGGAGGAGGGAGCUCCGAGCCUGCAUCAUCUUCGAGAUGGCCCAAGGCAGAAGUACUGGCGCUGAUAAAGUUGAGGAGCGGGCUUGAGUCGAGGUACCAAGAUGCAGGGCCGAAAGGCCCACUUUGGGAGGAAAUCUCCGCCGGCAUGGGGCGGAUGGGGUACAAUAGGAGUUGCAAGAGGUGCAAGGAGAAAUGGGAGAACAUCAACAAGUACUUCAAGAAGGUGAAGGAGAGCAACAAGAAGCGGCCCGAGGAUGCGAAAACGUGUCCAUAUUUUCACGAACUAGAUGCCCUUUACCGGAAAAGGGUGCUUGGCGGUGGGUCUACCGGCGGCAGCAGCAGCUCAUUGGGAAAUAGGCUAGAACAACAACCGCAACAACCUGAACAGGAGCAAGUAGUGGCCGGAUCAGAAAACAAGAAUGCAGAUGAUAGCACAGAUGUGGAAACAAAUUUGAGAGCUAACCUCUUUGGAGAGGGAACAGAAGAGGCUGCCAAGAAGCCAGAAGACAUUGUGAAGGAGUUGAUGGAGGUGCAUGAUCACCAACAAGUCCUCCAACAAGGGCACCCACAACAUUUUGGAGUAGAUGACUGCAAUAGGGUGGAGGAAGCGGAUAGCGAUAAUCUUAUGGAUCAAGAGGAGGAGGACAUGGAAGACGAGGACAUGGACGAGGAAGACGAUGAAGAAACGGAACAAGAGAGGAAGAUGGCUUACAAGAUAGAGUUUCAGAAGCAGAAUACAGGCCCUUCGUCCAACGGCGGAGGCAACGGUGCACCUUCUUUCCUCGCCCUGGUUCAGUGAGAAAUGUGCAUGGCCAAAUCUCUGUACAAUAUGUACGUAUCUCAAUCUAGCUCAAGUAAGAUAUACCUCACAUGAGCAAAAGUUGAAACCCUCAAAAAAUUAGUUCUUCCAUUUUCUCUCUCUUUUUUUUUUUUUUCCCCUUGUUUUCUUAAAUUAAUUUCUUUCAUUCUCCUUUGUUCAUCACCACCCCAUUUCAUCAUCUUUCUGAUUUUUGUUGUCCUCCUGAUCUUCUUCUUCUUCUUCUACUGCUUCUCGGGUAGUCGUCGUCGUCGUCGUGGUCAUCAGUUUUUUUCCAAUUUAUUGAUUUAUUGGUGAAUAAAAAAACCGUUUGAAAAACGGGGAGGGGGAUUGGAUUAAGACACAAGAAAUAAGCUUGCUCUAAAUUUACGUAGCAGCAGUCAUAUAUAUCGUUACAGAGAAAAACAAAACCGAGCCCUGGAAAUAUAGAGAGGGAGAGAAAAAGUGGACAGUUGCACAAGGCAGAUCAGCAGAGAUGAUUCAGCAUUAUUCUUUCUUUUUCUUUUUCUUUUUUCACUUUUAUUUUAUUUAUAUUGUUCUUGUUAAUUGAUUAAUUAAACUUUUGAGUUUCUUUUGUAAACUUUGCUUGGUUUGAAUGAAUGGACAAGCUGGGCUCUCUCUAAAAUUCAUAUUCCCUAUUCAAA